AUGUGGAAAGGGCCAUGGUAUGUACCCGAACUCAGGGUCUUGGAUCUCACCAACAAUAGCCUCACAGGUAUAAUCCCUCCUUGUGUUGGAAAUGCCACAAAAAUCAUGAACUUCAGUUUGACUGGGAAUAGAAUCAACGGUAACAUUCCAACGGAAAUUGGAAAUCUAAGCCAACUUGCAUUUUUGUUCUUGACUGAUAAUCAGUUAACAGGUUUCAUUCCUACAUCACUAUUUAAUAUCUCGUCGCUACUUUCCGUAUCUCUGGCAUUCAAUAGCCUUUCUGGUCCUCUCUUGCUAGAUGAAGGGAAUAUUGUGUCAAAUCUGAAGUUUUUAAGUUUAUCUAUGAACCAAAUUUUUGGUUGCGUUCCUUCCAACAUAUGCCAACUCACAGAGCUCAAAGUUUUGUCCAUAUCUUACAACAAGAUAACUGGAGACAUACCAAGAAAUAUUGGUUGUUUAUCCAAGCUCGAGAGGUUCUAUAUUGGAUAUAAUAGAAUAAAAGGAACUAUUCCUGCUUCAUUGGGAAAUAUUUCCACUCUGCAUAAUCUUUACUGUGGAAACAAUCGCAUAGUGGGGCAAAUUCCUCCGGAAUUAGGAAAGCUGUCAAAUUUGAGGCAAUUAAGCUUUGGGCAGAAUUAUAAUCUUAUUGGUCAAAUUCCAGAGGCUAUUUUCAAUAUAUCGUCUUUGGAAAUGAUUUAUUUCAAUUUGAACAACCUCUCGGGGAGAAUUCCAGCUACUACAGGUCUUCAUCUUCCAAACCUUAAAGAACUUGACUUGGGAGUCAAUCAGCUGGAAGGGGAAAUUCCAUUGUUCAUAACAAAUGCUUCCAAGCUUGAGUUACUGUCGCUAGCACAGAACUUUCUGACAGGAACUAUUCCUACUAAUUUGGGGAAUCUUCGUGAGCUGCAAGAACUGCUCCUACAUACUAAUCAACUUACCAAUGAACCAAGAGAGAAUGAGUUGCGAUUCUUCAAUUCUUUGGCCGACUGUAGGAUGUUGUGA